CGAAUCAAUUACUCUUACUUAUUAAGAAAUUAGCUCUUGCAAAGUUGCAUUAGACAUAAUGGCAGGGCCUGCAGUGCCUUCAGGCAAGCGUCCUCCACCUCCAAAUGCUCGCUCAAGUUUGCUAUCUGAAGAAGAAAACCAAACAUUGUUCAAGUUGGUUGGAAAUAGAGUAACGAUUCUUGCUGCCGCUGUGGUGCAAGUUUUCACUACAAAGCCACCAAACCACAAUGAUUGGGUCAAGGCACACUGUGGAGUAGCAACUUUUUCAAAGGAUAGUUAUCGCAGAUCUCAUUACAUUCAGGUCUACGAUGUCAUCAGUGGAGUGAAGCUGUUUGAACAGGAGCUUUACCAGAAUUUGACAUAUGACAACUCCUUGCCAUUCUUCCAUCAGUUCCAGGGAGAUGAUUCUGUCAUUGGAUUGAGCUUUGCUGAUGAAACUGAAGCUGCUUCAUUUUACAAAGUUUACCAGGACCGAAACUUGGCCAAGCAACGCAAGAGAGAAGAACGCAAACGGCAGCAGAACCGUCAGAAUGAACUGCAGCAGCGGAAUGUAUUGCAGCCGCAGAAGGGUGAUGCUCAGCUUGGCGGCACUAACACCAUCCAGAGCAGUGCUAACUUUGCUCCUAGCUUCAACAAAUAUAAAACGUCCAAGGGCAGGAAAAAUAUCCGUAAGGAGGAAAUAGGCCAGCCUACAGAUUUCCGCCACAUCACCCAUGUUGGCUUCGACCCUGAUAAUGGCUUCGCUCAGUUCUCCGAGGACGAGUCGUUGCAAAAGUUCUUCCAAAUGGUUGGCGUGGACCACACGAUGCUGGACCCUCACACGCGUAACUUCAUCUACGAUUUCAUCGACAAGAACGGCGGUAUCGAGCAGGCCAAGCGCGAGACCCAGAACUACUCGGCCAUGUUCUCCGCCACAGCCCCCGCAGCCGCCCCCGCCAACAACAACAACAACAAUAUUUCCUACAGCGACCACAAGGCGGCACCGCCACCGCCGCCACCCGUCGUCUCUAAGCCGCCCCCGCCGUCUCUGCCCGCGCGUAACGCCCCGCCGCCGCCGCCACGUAACAUCGCCGCCACCAGUCACGCGGCGCCCCCGCCGCCUCCGCCUUCUAAAGUCUCCGCCGCCGGUCCGCCACUCGGCGGCGGUAGGGCGCCGCCGCCGCCGCCUGCUGUCACCCACUGCCACCAGUCACUACCCCCCGCCUCCCUACAGCCCCCCGACGCGCGCUCUCAGCUGCUCGACCAAAUCAGGGGCGGCGCCAAGCUUAAGAAAGUGGAGGUGGCGGAGCGUGCGCCUGUAGCAGACUCGCGCUCGCAGCUCCUCGACCAGAUCAGGGGCGGCGUCAACCUCAAGCGCGUGGAAAACGAGGAUGACGGAGGCGUGGUGGUUCCUCCCCUUGGUGGCCUGGCAGGGGCGUUGGCUGAGGCGCUGCACAACCGCGCGAAGGUCAUCCAGGGCGCCAGCGACGAUGACGACGAUACGGAGGACGAGGACGAGGAAGAAUGGGAGGAGGACUAAGGGCACGUCCUUACGCAGGACACGUCCUCUGGUCCUGUGGGAGAGUGACACGAAGAGAGGGGUUAGGAAUGUCCUGUUGAUUAGGUUUGAGGAUAUCCCGUAUCAUAGGAUUGAGGAUAUCCCGUAAAUGAGAUUCGAGCAUAUCCCGUUGAUGAGAUUCGAGGAUAUUCCGUAACUGAGGUUGGAGGAUAUCACGUUGAUGAGGUUUGAGAAUAUUUUAUAAAAGAAGUUUAAGGAUAUUCCGUUGAUGAGGUUUGAGGAUAUUCCGUUGAUGAGGUUUGAGGAUAUUCCCUAUUAAGAACAUCCUGCCGCUCGGCUCCGAAGACUCCCUAAGCAAGGUUUCUGAAAUAUUUCACAGAAUCCUCGAAGAUUCCUAACAUUUUUUACUCGAAUAAAGUUUUUACAAAUGUGAUUUCCGUUGAAAAUGUUAACAUCUGUUUCUAUUGUUUCUAUUGAAGUGACAGAACCAUUGACACGGUGUCUAUUAUUAUUGAGAACGUCGUGCUCAGAUUCUCAGCAUGUAUUGGCACCAGCUAUUGGGAAUUAUGCGUUUGCCAGACCUGUCGUAGGCUGGAGUGGCGAGUCACGUCCGACCAGGAGACGCUGGAUGAGAAUCACACACGUUGGAGUUCAUGGAAAAGUCGCCAAUUAUCAGAGCAUAAACCUGGAGAACCGUCGUAAGGUGAAUUGCAUCGGGCAGCUGACAUGAAGUGAAUAUUAUGCCACCGUUAGCGUAAUACUGAUUUUUGAAGUUGGGAAUAACUCGUAAGGUAUUUUGAUGACCGACAUUAAAUGUUUGAGAGCAAGUGCUUGAGGUGGUCUAGGUAUCCUAACUUGUCGGAGCUUGUCGCAGGUAGAUAUGGUUGGUCUGGCCGAUAUGAGUUUUAGAAAUUCAGUCGAAAAGUAUUGACUCGGUGAAAAAGGUUAUGUUACUGACGGACCAUAUUGUAAAGUUGGUGAAAGUUGAGCUUUGUGUAUAAUAUGGAUGUAGGCGAGGAAUUGAAGUACAAUCUUUUUGAAAUAAUAGGUACAGUUCAUCAUAAUGAAUGAUUGAUUCACUGCUGGCGAACGACUCUCAACAUCGUCGUAUAAUCAAAGGUUCAAAUUGAUUGACUCACACAGAGAAGCAGACUUGGUCAAGGAGAUCAGUUGUAAAUGUUUAGUUAUUUGGAUCUAAUGCCGCCACCAUUUCCAAUUUUAAAAAUAUUUCUUUUUGGCGGGAUGGCAUGAGGCCACUUUAAAUGAAAAUAAUUCAAGCUUGCAAAGCAGGCUACUUCUUCGUAAUGAUAAGUCGAGUAUUGCACUUGUUCUUCCCGUAAACUAACAAAUAAGCUUUUUUAGAUGCAAUUGUAUGUGAAUAAAUCUAUUUUUAUAGUAA